AUGCUGAUUGAUAUAUUAUUACUUAAUUCUGACUUUUCAUUAUCACGAAAAAUAAUGUUAUUAUUAAGUAAAAGAAAUUCUGUUCCAUUUCUUCAACCAUCAUUAAAAGCUUCAUCAUCAUCAUAUCGCUUUGUUUCGGAUAUUAUUCAUGUUUGGAACUAUUCAAUACCAACAAUUCUUUCAUUUGGUAUUGGUCCAUGUUCAGGAAAAUCAACAAGUCUAAAUAAUAUUUUUCUUUCAUCAUUUGAACAAUCAUGUUCAAGUAUUUAUUUUCAAAAUACAAUUGAUAUUGAUUUUGGUUAUGGUUUUCUACCUCUACGAUCAAUGAGUAUUGCUGAUGCUCAUGGUUCAAUGAAGAAAACAUUAUUGAAAACAAUUCAUGAACUAUUUGAUGGAUUUCUUAUUCAUGUUAAGUUUGAAUAUCUUUUUAAUAACAUUGGUACAGUUAUGGAUCAGUUAACGAUGAUUAUGAUGCAAGAAAAAUAUUUAUUAUUGAUCAUUCGAGAUGUUCCUAAAGAAAUUAAUACUGAUCAAACCAUUAUUCAAUUGAAUAAGAUUAUUCAAAAUCAAAAGUAUCAAUUAACAAUUAUUCAAGAUACUUCUUCAGAUAAUCACCUUCAACGUUCAAGUCUUUCAUCAUCGGAAUACCCCACACUCCCAGCAUAUUUUCUACCCGAUAUUUCAAAUCAAGGUGAUCGUAUCAAUAAAAAUCAUGUCAUAACAUUACGCAAUCAAAUCUUAGAUCAACUACCUACUCAAUGCAUUUAUACCAUGGAUUCGAUAAAGAAAGAAUUAAAGAUUUUAAUGAAUGAUGAUUAUAAUAAGCAUUUAAGAGAAGUUAAUCAAAUGAUAAAACCAUUGACAGAUAAAUUAUUCGUUACUCCUUUAGAUGAAGAUUGUGUAUCAAAAUAUUUUCCUGAAUAUUUACAAUUUGUUCAAUUAUGUGAAUUAAAACUGAAAUCAACACGUUUCAAUUUUUAUGCUUCUGAAAACGAUGCUGAUGUUUAUCAAGUUCGCCAACAAAUUUUUGAAUUAGAAGCAGCUUCACAAACUGGUAAUCAAUCAUUAAGUGUUAUUUUUCAAGUAUUUCUUGAUAUUCUCAAAGCAUCUGAUUUAAUCACAUGUCUAGAAUUACUUAGCACACAAUUAAAAGAAGAACGUCAGCGUUUAGUUUCAACAAGUGAUAUGGCCACACAAUUACCUAUUCAAAAAUGUUUCUCUUUAGAAGUUUUAUGGCGUAAUGCUAUUGUUUGUAGUCAACAUCAAUCAUCAGACAUUCAGAAAUUUCUUCACAAACAAUAUUUUGAUUAUAUUGAAGCCGGUUAUCCAUUUGAAAUUAUUGAUGGAGAUAACUUCCAUUUUCAACAUUCAUUUUUAUUUCAAUCUUUAAUGCCUUUUCACAAUCAACGAACAUUAGUCAUUAGUAUCAUUGGACCACAAAAUUCUGGCAAAAGUACUUUAUUAAAUUACAUGUUUGGUACAUUAUUCGAUGUUCGUGAUGGUCGAUGUACUCGAGGUAUUUAUGGAUCAUUUGUUAAAUCAAAUCGAACUGAUUAUGAUUAUAUUCUAUUAAUUGAUACAGAAGGCUUAUUAGGCAUCGAAAGAGAAGAUAAAGAAUAUGAUCGUCGAAUAGUUUUAUUUUGUUUAGCUGUUUCACAUAUUGUGAUUGUUAACAUGGUUGGAGAAGUUAGUGCAACAUUACAAGAAAUGUUAAAGUUAUGUGCUGAUUCAUUAGAUAAAAUUGGUGCAACAAUAAUUCCACGACCUAUUGUUCAUUUUAUUUUAAAUCAAAAAGCAGAUUUAAAUAUUGAUAACAAUAAAGCAGCUAUUGAAAAGAUUAUCAAUGAUUUGAAACGAGAAGGUCUAGAUAAAUCAAUCGAUAUUCGAAAAGAAACAUUUCAUACACUUCCAUCAGCAUUUCAAAAAGAAGGACAAACAUUAACAUCAAAUCCAAAAUUAUCAAAUGUUGUUAAAACAGCACCAGAGUUUAUUGAAUGUGUUCAUCAGUUGACUGGUAAAAUUCUUAAUCCAACAGAUUCAUCGUUAAGACGAACAUCAGAAAUUUCUGAUCCUCUUCAAUGGUUAUCAUCAUCAAUAGCAAUAUUUGAUACAUUACAAAAGUUUCCUGAUUUGACAUAUUAUCAAGAUAUUAAUGAACGACGUAUUGAUAAUGAAUUACGAGAACAUAUAAGAAAUAAUUUAAUUAAAAUGUUUUCUUCGGUUUAUCGUGAUAAGUUAAUCGUUGAAUCAUUACAUAAAAAAGAAGAUGAAAUAAAAGAAAUUUUUCUCGGUCUUCAAUCAAAAAUUGAUAAAACUGCUCGACAAGAUAUGGAAAAUUUAUUUAAACUAUUAAAAGUACCUGAACCAUUACGAAAACGAAGUCAACAAUUUCUUAAUGUACAAAUAACAGAAAUGCUUAAUGCUUUACGAACAUCGACAAUUGCUGCAAAUGAAAGAGAAAAAGUUAAACUACUUGUUCGAAAUGGUGAAGGAGAUUUACAAAAAUUAAUUGAAGAUACAAUUGCACGUGGAAUACAAAUGUCAGAAGAUAUUGCUGCACAAGAAUUUGAAAAAAUGUAUAAAACUACAACUAACUAUAUUCAAAGCAAAUAUAUACCACAAGAACGCCUAAAACAAGCUAUGAAACAUAUUUAUACAAAUUAUAAUAUUUAUGAAAAAGAAUGUUUAGUUGAAUAUGCACAUAUUAUUGAUCAUUUAACUUUAUUAACUAAUUUAAACGAAACUAAAGUACCCAUUAAUGAAUUAGAAGAAUCACUAAUUAUACGUUUUGCUUGUCUUGGUUACGAGCAUUCUUCGGUAUCAGCAAAUCAUUUCAAUCCAACAGGAACAACUAUUUAUUCAUUAGAUAUUAUCAACAAUCUUGUCUAUCUAAAUAAAGAAUUAUUAAGACAAAAAUAUUAUGAAUUUAUUGAUAAACCUAGUCCACAAAGAGAAACCAACAGUAGAUAUAAAGAUAAUCAGUCAACUCAAAGUAAAAAUCCUGUUAUUCGAAUAUGGGAUGUAGCCAAGGGACAAUUCGUCGAUAAGAAAGACAAUAAAGAUGAAUCACAUUUAACAGUGAAAACAAUAGAUCAAUUCCAAAUGCAUGCAAGACAAGCUAUUGAAAAACAAAAACCUGUAACAUUACGAGAAUCAUCUAUAGAUGAACGACAAAUGUAUUUACCUAUAUCACGAAUAUUUAAAGAAGUAACUCAACGAAUCAUCAAAGCUAUGCAAGGUGUUGAAAAGAAUGAAGUACGACAAAUUCGAACUGAAUUAAUACAAAAAAUAGUUGGAUCGAUUAAUACAUUGAUUAUUGAAAUUAAAACAGAAUUAAGUCCAUUUUGUUUAGAAUUAUCUCGUCAGUUAAAAUCAACAUUACACACAUGUGCUAUUAUUUUAUUAACAAAAUAUUAUUAUGAUGAGCAAAUGAACCAUUUCUCUGAAACAUUAGCAGAAUUACAAAUGAAAAAAAAUAAUUUGAAAACAUAUUUUAUUAGCGUUGUUGUUCCAAAUUCUUCAACUGAUACAAAUUAUGCUAUCAGUCUUGGUCAACAAUUUCGAGAACAUUUAAUUCAAUUAUUUAGUAAAGAUGCUGAUCGUAUUAUUGAAAAUGAUUUAAAACCACAUAAUAAUCUUAAUCGUAAAUGGGUUCAAGAUCGUUGCGAUGGUUUAUUAUUAACCAAAAAUGAUUUAUCAUGGCAUUUAGAUUAUAUUUCAAAUCCAACUAAAAUUAUUGAAGAAUUUUUUAAUGAGUUAUGGAAAAAUGUUGAAAAAGGAAUCAAUCAAAAUUUAUCAACUAAAAAAUCUUCAUAUGUAUCAUUAAUAAGUGAAUUUUUCUAUUGUAUUCAAGGUAUGUUGGAUACUGUAAAAAACUUAGGUGCACCAACAAGAUUUGUUAAUGAAACAUUUCUUUCAGAAAAAAAUAAUUCAUUAGAUGCUAAUCAAAAUUUAAUUAAUAAACAAAAAUGUAUGACUAACUUACUAUAUCAGUAUUUAUCAAAAGGAAACAUUCCAAAAUCAGUCACUGUUGAUACAAAAGUUUAUAAUGUCAAACCAGAUACUUUUAGUGCUUUUCAAUAUUUAGUUCAAACAAGAAAACCUAGUUCUGAAUUAUCUCAAUUAAUUGAACCUCUUGAAGCUAAUUUUAAGAAAAUAUCCAUUGGAAACUUAGUAAUGUUUUUAGAAACAUUAUUAAAAGAAAAAGAUAAAAUUGUUGAUGAUUUUAAACAAUAUAAAAGUGAUUUUAAAAGUAUUGAUCGUCAAGAUACUUAUGGAAGUUUAUUAGAUAAAGUUCGUGGAUGUCCAAAUCUUUGUCCAUGUUGUAAACGACCCUGUGAUGUUGAUCAUACACAAAUUAAAUCAAAUCCUGGUUCAUUACAUAAUGAACAUCGUUGUUUAACUGGUCAUACGUUACGUGCAAUGAAUGGUUAUAAAUUUGAAGGCAGUGGUGAUGCAUCAUUAUUUAUGUGUGAACAAAUUAAAGAUGAUCAAAUUCUAGUAAUCGGUCCAACACGUUAUCAAUGGUCACAAUUUAAACAAGAUCAUUCGGAUUGGAAUUUUGAAUCAGCAUUAACCGACGAUGAAUUAUCAAGAUUACAUGGAAAAUAUUUAACUGUUUGGGAAAAAGUUGGACCAAAACUGUGUAAACAAUAUGGAAUGAAUUAUGUCACACAUAACUCGUCACCUAAAGUUACUUAUCAAUCAUUUCAUUAUAUUUUACUUUUGGAUGGAUCCGGAUCAAUGGGUGGACAAAGAUGGAAUCAUUUAAUGGAAGCUGUUAAAGAGUUCAUCAAACGUCGUACGGAACUAGCAACGAAUGAUCGAAUUACAAUCAUUGUUUUUAAUGAAAACGCUAAAGUUGCUUUUUCUGACGAAGGAGUUCCUAAUAUUAAUGUCGAAAAUAUCAAAUUUCCAAGUGGUGGCACAUCAUUCACAGCGGCAUUUAAAUGUGUGAAUGAUUCUAUCACUAAACUUAAAAAUACGACAAGUUCAAACCAUGUACAUGAAAAUUUUGCUAUUAUAUUCAUGAGUGAUGGAGAAGAUAUUUUUCCUGAAUAUGAAUUAGAUAAAUUACUCAAAGAACAUGAACCCGUUAUAAAACGAUUUUGGACAAUCGCAUUGGGCGAUGACAAAUCUUCACAUAAACAAGUCUUAGAAAAAAUAAAUGUAAAAAUGAAUGGUUCAUUUUAUGAUGUAAAAACGUCUGCUGAUUUGAUUCAAACGUAUGCUGAAGUAGCAUCAAGCACUCAGCCAUCACUUCUUACGUCAAUACGGAAUUUAAUUCCAUAUUAA